UUGGCCUUUUUCGAUAUUAUAAGAACUUACUUUUUCUGGGACUACAAGCACAAAAUAAAAGAUAUAUUAAAAGAAAAAAAGAAAUUUUGCUACCAGCAGCUAAAGGUACAAAUACUAAGGCCAAAGAUACUACACCCACUUCCGCCUGCAAAAAGCUACUUACAACCUUUUAAGACCCGAUCGAAAAAUCCUCAGAAAUCCAGAAAACCGAAAACCAUGGAUUUCUCCGACAACAACAUGUGGCGUGAUCUUCUACUUCAAGCAGUCCUAAUUCUAGCUACAGUUUUCAUGUUCCUUUUCAUGUACAAUAUUCCCCAGAAAUUCUUCUCGAAGCUUCGUCUACGAAACCGAGCCGAUAUGCAAGCGAAGCGCCAUUUCGUCCAAGGAGCUCAGCUUCUUUCCCAAGCCAAAUCAACAUUCGCCAAGGAUCGAUCCGCCGCCGCUUCUUUAGCCAAAUCUGCUGAAGCCGAAGCUGACUUAGCCAUCGCUUUAGACCCGAGAGAUGCCGCGGCUCACAUACUCAAGGCUUUAGCUCUCGUUUUACAAGGUUUUAAGACGUCAGCUCUUGAUUCGAUUGAUAUCGCGCUUUCGCCGCUCGCCGUGAAGUCGCUGUCGGAGCCGGAGAAAGCGGAUGCUUUGUUUAAGCGAGCUGAGUUGAGACUUGCGGUGAGUCGACGCGGACAAGUUGACUCGGUCGUUGAAGAUUUGACUGAGUCAGUUCGGUUGAAGGGCGAUAAUGUUAAGGCUUUUUAUUUGUUGGGCGAUUGUUAUGAGAAAAAGGGCUUAAAGGAGGAGGCCCAAGAGGUUUAUGAAAAAGCCCUAAAAAUUCAGCCCAAUUUUGCUCCUGCUCGAGAGGCACUUGACCGAUUGAAUUCCGAGUCUUGAACUCUACCUGUGUUUUUUUGUUUUUGGAAAAAUAAUAAAUAAAGAAAAAAAUUUGAGAAAUUUGUUCUAGCAUUGUUCAAUAUAAAGGCAGUUGGUUUACCUUGAA